GCUAUGGAUUGUAUGCAUUUGCUGAUGUGCUUUUCACUCACUCAGGUACUGUUGGAAUAUAUUCUUGCUGCUGAAACACAUGAAAAACUCUCGGGAAAGUUAAAUGAGUAUGGUCUUAUCGUGCCGUUCAGCACAGACUCCCACGGCCGGUACAUUUCUCACGUGCUCUCAGCUGGAAGUGGAAGCAAAAGUGCUGCUGCUACUGAAAAUCCCUCAAGCCUUGGCAGCAGAAGAAGGGUGGCCCGCGGUGCCCCCGAGAUGCCCUCAGUCACCUCUCCCUCGGGCCACUACACGUUUUUCAACGUCACUGUGUUCGGGAAGGAGCUUCACCUUCGCCUGAGGGCCAACAGGAGGCUGGUGGCCCCGGGAGCUUUUGUGGAGUGGCAGGAGGACUUUGAAGAGAAGACCAAGGAACACAUCCACAGAGACUGUGUUUUCACUGGGGAUGUGAUGGACAUGCCCGAGGCCUCUGUGGCUAUCAGCAAUUGUGAUGGAUUGGCAGGCCUCAUCAGGACUGAUAAUGGAGAGUUUUUUAUUGAACCCCUUGAGAAGGGUCAGCAGGAUGCAGAAGCUAAGGGGCGAGUGCACAUGGUGUACCGCAGAUCAGCCAUCAAGCUGGAGGCAGGCGAGCAGAGGAAGGAGGACUUCCACAACGAAGUGGCAGAUAUUGGAAUCACGAACCUCCCCUCCGCUUUAGAUCUUGUCAAACACAAACUGUCCGAGUCCGAGCGGAAGAGGAGGCACGCAAAGAAGGACUACAACAUCGAGGUGCUGCUGGCUGUGGACGACUCAGUGGUGCGCUUUCACGGCAAGGAGCUUGUGCAAAACUACGUUCUCACCCUGAUGAACAUAGUUGAUGAAAUCUACCAUGAUGAAUCGUUGGGAACCAACAUCAACAUCGUCCUCGUCCGGAUGAUAAUGGUCGGGUAUCGCCAGUCUAUAAGCCUGAUCGAGCGUGGCAACCCAUCUCGCAGCCUGGAGCAGGUGUGCCGAUGGGCCAACACGCAGCAGCGCCACGACCCGGACCACGCCGAGUACCACGACCACGCCAUCUUCCUCACAAGGCAAGAUUUUGGUCCCGCAGGUAUGCAAGGUUAUGCUCCAGUGACCGGGAUGUGUCAUCCUCUGAGGAGCUGCACUUUGAAUCACGAGGACGGCUUCUCAUCGGCCUUCGUGGUCGCUCAUGAAACCGGCCAUGUUUUGGGCAUGGAGCACGACGGUCAGGGGAAUCGUUGUGCCGAUGAGACCAGCAUGGGCAGCAUCAUGGCACCACUUGUCCAAGCAGCUUUCCAUCGUUACCACUGGUCACGUUGCAGCAAGCAGGAGCUCAACAGAUACAUCCACUCUUAUGACUGCCUCCUGGAUGAUCCUUUCGAGCAUAAAUGGCCCAAGCUUCCUGAGCUUCCAGGAAUAAAUUAUUCAAUGGACGAGCAGUGCCGCUUUGAUUUCGGUGUUGGUUAUAAAAUGUGCACAGCUUUUCGAACGUAUGACCCUUGCAAGCAGCUGUGGUGCAGUCACCCUGACAACCAGUAUUUCUGCAAAACCAAAAAAGGUCCUCCUGUAGACGGAACAGAAUGUGCACCGGGAAAGUGGUGCUUUAAGGGUCACUGCAUCUGGAGGUCGAGCCACGAACCUCAGGGACACGAUGGAAGCUGGAGCGCCUGGUCAAAGUUCGGCUCGUGCUCCAGAACGUGUGGAGGUGGAGUUCGCUCCCGAAGCCGACAAUGCAACAAUCCUCCGCCCGCCUACGAUGGCCGGGACUGCCCUGGCUCUGCUUUCGACUACCAGAUGUGCAACACGGAGGAGUGCGCUGGCCCUUACGAGGACUUCCGAGCUCAGCAGUGCAUCCAGAGGAGCAACAAAUACCACAACAACAUCAAGCACACCUGGCUGCCAUACGAGCACCCAGAUGAGGCUCGUAAAUGUGAGCUGAGCUGUAAGUCGAAGGAAACGGGCGAGGUGGUGUUUAUGAACCAGGUGAUGCAUGAUGGGACGCGAUGCAGCUACUCAGACCCCUUCAGUGUUUGCGCUCGAGGGGAAUGUCUGCACGUAGCCUGUGACAAGGAGGUGGGCUCUUAUAAACAGGAGGACAAAUGUGGAGUGUGCGAGGGGGAUAACUCCCACUGUCGCACUGUGAAGCUCACGCUCACUAAGACCCCCAAAAUGAACGGAAUGCUAAAAGUGUUUGACAUCCCAAUAGGAGCACGCCACAUAACCAUAGAAGAGAAUGAGACCUCCCCUCAUAUAAUUGCUGUGAAGAAUCAGGUUACUGAGAACUUCAUAUUAAAUGAAAAGAGCGACCGUGUCGAAUCCAAGACUUUCAUUGAAAAUGGUCUACAGUGGGAGUAUUCUGUUGACGGUCAGAGGGAGACGUUAAAAACAUCUGGCCCUCUGCAUGAGGGCAUUGUAGUUCUGGUCAGUCCGAUGGAAGAAGAUGUAAAAAUUAGCUUGACGUAUAAAUACAUAAUACAUGAGGAUCUGUUGCCACUCAUCACUAACAACAACGUGCUACUUGCUGAACUAGACACGUACGAGUGGGAGCGGAAGAGCUGGUCCCAGUGCUCCAAGCCAUGUGGGGGAGGCAUGCAGUAUACAAAAUAUGGAUGCAGAAGGAAGAGUGACAGCCGUUUAGUCCAUCGCACCUUUUGUGAAACCAGUAAAAAGCCUAAACCCAUUCGCAAACGCUGCAACAUGCAUGAGUGCAGCCAACCCAUGUGGGUGGUAGAAGACUGGAGUCCCUGCAGUAAAACCUGUGGGACACUUGGCUACCAGACCAGGGUGGUGCAGUGCAUGCAGUCGCUGCACAACAGCACCAACCGGCCGGUGCACAGCAAACACUGCACCACCAGUCGACCGGAAAUGAGGAGAGUGUGUAACCACACUGUGUGCCCCGCCCAGUGGAGGACUGGGGCGUGGUCUCAGUGCUCGGUGACCUGUGGAGAGGGAAUUCAGCAAAGACAGGUGGUGUGCAAGGCCAGCGACAACUCGGUUGGAGAAUGUGAUGGCGAGAAGCCGGAAACAGUCCUUAUCUGCAAACUAAAUCCAUGUCAAGGAUUAGAGCUUUCUUCACUCGUUGGCCAAACUGAAAAUACCACAAUGAACGACGAAGCUGUUUUACAAACGGUUCCUGAAAACCCCGUCCAGAAAAUCUCUUCCAAUGAGCCAUGUCUGGGGGACAAAUCAAUUUUCUGUCAAAUGGAAGUCCUUGCUCGUUACUGUUCCAUCCCUGGAUAUUAUAAACUUUGCUGCGAGUCGUGCAACAAGAGAGCAGAUUUUACUACAGAUGAUCCAGAUGUUCACAAUACAGAACCCAAAGCCUCUGGUCUCAUUCAUUCUGCCUCAUCCAAAGCUUCGUGGCUAGCCACCACAGCCCAGACCCAGCCAAAAACCACUAAAGCCAUGAGACGGCUGUUCUCCACCACCUUUGCUCCGACCAUCGCGGCUGACGCUCAAACGCCGUCACCAACAGAGGCUGUUCGCCUCCAACGUCCAACCACCCACUCUAAUCCAACAGACGGGAGGAGAGAGCCCGAUGUGGAGCCUCGUCCACCUCCAGGGCCAACACGACCCACAGCAGACUCUAACGAAGGAGCGUCCAAAGAGCACAGUCCAAAGAGCACUUUAGGCCCUGUCGCUGCCAGGUCAAGAAGGGACAUUACAAGAUCUAAGAGGGACUCAAGUCACAGAACCAGGUCGGCUUCAAAAUGA